AACCGAAAGUUGGACUGUUCAAGCUAUUGUUAUUCAUCGACGAUCAAAUACAAUAGGAGCGCAGUAUGACGGUUGACUGUCCCAACACGAUGGGUAUUCAUUCGAAACCGUUUCCUUUUAUGCAUCCCAAAGACUUCGAAGGUCUAGAAAAAAAAACGUUGAUGUAACAACACAACCUGGAAACAAAUACAGUUUUCGCAAUUCGGGGAUGAAUAUGAAUGUUUUAAGUCGAGAUUUUUACACAUGGAACAGAUGAUGGAUUGAAGUGCAUCAGAAAGAAGGAUAUUGGUUAGCUUUGACUUCUUAACGCCAACGGUAAAAACGCCAAUUUUAUGGGAGACACUUGUUGUUAUUAUGCAGAGCAUUAGUCAUCGGCGAACCACACCUAACUCUACGUAGAAACCAAUACCGUCGCAUCGCCCUGUGUACACACACUCGCUCGAAAUACACACACGAAUUCCUUUUCGCUCCUUCAUUUCUCACCGUGCCGUCGAGGAGUAAGAACCGUUUUUUGUGGAGGCACGUUUUUAAAAGGAAUAUCGGUUCUUAUAUGCAUUUAUUGACGGCACGAUGGAACAUCUCAACUAUACAUCACCUUUGAUGAACAUCAUCGUGGCCUUUCUCUGUCUUGCCUUUUCUGUCAAAUCAACCUCCUCAUAUCCUACAGGAGCACCUACGACGACAUGUACAUCUCUGACACCGGGACAUGGAUCCACCCCUCAAACUUCUCCAAGUCCUUUUAUCAUUACCCCUCAGUUUCGGAAUUACGGACCGAGUACGCCGAUGCAAGUAAACCUGACGUCCAGCAAUGGGACCCCAUUCAAGGGAUUCAUGGUUCAAGCCCGGGUAGUAGGCACGCAUACACCUGUUGGUAUAUUCAGCGAUACAUCAUCGGUUGGUCAGCGGAUCGAUUGUUCCAGUACCUUUGCUAACACUCUCACUCAUAUCGACCGCAACCCAAAGACAUUGGUGACCGCAGUCUGGACGGGACCCUCAAACGCCGACGGCGAGAACAUUGAAUUUGUAGGGACAUUCGUUCAGGAUCUGAAUACUUAUUGGACAUUCGUAAGGUCAAGCGUAUUGACAGAUGCUUGUUUGCCAUCACCGUGCCAGAAUGGGGGUACAUGCUACCGAUCAGGUACAGAGGGUUACCUUUGCAGCUGUCCGGCAGGUUUCACUGGUAAAAACUGCACAGAAUUGUCACCAUGCGUAGACAAGGUCGCAACCUGCGGAACGCAACACAAGCACUGCUAUGUCAGUAAUACGGGGAAUGGAAAUAAUUUCGUUUGUGUGUGUUUGGACAAUACAUUUUCAUACGAUGCACCAUGUGACGAAAUGACCACAAUGCCUCCUACCACGGCCAUUCCGACAUUACCAACAACUACAGAAAUUGUUCACCCAUGUUACUCUAGCCCAUGUCAAAAUGGCGGGAUAUGUCAUCUUAACUCUGCUGACGAUGUUCAGUGUUUCUGCUCGGGUGGAUAUACUGGUACUAGGUGUGAAAUAGAGCCAGAUCCGUGUCGAUCACAACCUUGCGAAAAUGGUGGCGUUUGUACCAAAACUGGACCAUUUUCAUACCAAUGUGAAUGUCAGACCAUAUACACCGGACCACAGUGCCAGUAUGAAGUUGGCUGUGCCUCCUUUCCAUGUCAAAACAAUGGUCAGUGUACCAGUUCAGGGAUCUAUGGCCAGGAUUACCAGUGCUCGUGUCCUCCCAUGUACUCUGGUACCAACUGCGAAACAGAAAUAGACCCAUGCCAAUCUGCUCCUUGUAUGAAUGGAGGAUCUUGUAACAGACGUGGUGACAUCAUGGGUUUCAGAUGCAACUGUUAUAAUGGAUACACAGGCCUCACGUGCGAGAUUCCGCCUCCACCUACAACUCAGCCACCACCUACAACACCACCACAGUCUACUACAACCCCACAACCAGUGGACUCCACUACACAAACUUCUGAAGAAUGUCUUCCAAGCUGUUUGAAUGGAGGACGCUGCAUUUCUGGUACCUGUGAAUGUAUGCCUGGAUUCAGUGGACCUCGUUGUGAACAAGAUGGACGACCAUUCUUCAUCAACUGCCCGGAAGGCGAGACAUUGACCUAUGACUUGGAUGAAGGAACCAACGUAGCAACACUUGAUAUGGAUCCCAUUACUGCCACAAACUUCAACCAGGAUGACCUGGAAGUGGUCUUCAUCAUUGGACCGGACCUGAACACCAUCACCAGCUUGGAGUUCUCUGAAGAGUAUGCCGAAGGACAGGUGGUGGUGGCCCAGGCUGUGGAUGAUCAGAAUGGCAACAGGAACUGCAGCUUUGUGAUCAGGCUACAAGACAAUCAGAAACCAGUGAUCACCUGCCCGCAGGACAUCAUAGAGAUCAGUACAUCCUCAAGUCGACAGAUCACUUGGCCAGAUGCUGAGGUAGAUGACAACGCUGACCCUUCACCUGAAGUGACUUAUCUACCUCCUCGAGGGUCACUCUUUGAUGCUACAGGAGAAACAGUGUCUGUUAUUGCAAGGGCAACAGACUCCUCAUCCAACUACAAGGAGUGCUUGUUUAGAGUUACAGUAUACCAGAGAGACUUUGACUGUGACCCAUUCCCAGCCAUAGAGAAUGCCAUAGUAUCCUGUGAUAAUGAUGCCAGUGGACGAGAAUGCCAGAUCGAGUGCAAUCCAGGGUUCCUGAAGACAGUAUCUAAUGAUGUCAGGUAUAAUUGUAUAGCUGACAGCAGGGGUGCUUUCUGGGACCCUUCACCUUCAAGUACUUGUGCAAGAGCCGAAACUGGGAAUGGACUCACCAAGACAACCAGUAUAUCCUUCCCCCUCCAGUCAGUCAUCUGUCCCCAACAAACCCCAAACUUCAAAUCCUCAAUUGCAACCAAUAUCACCAACACACUUAACACGUACAACCUCUGCAACCUUGGGUCAGCAUCGGCUUGCAGGGAAGGCAGUGUCGACACAGGAUGUACUACAAAUACAGCAAGGCGCAGGAGACGCGAUAUCAUCCUUUCAAGGUUCAGAAGAGACAAUAGCGUCCUGAUGGUAGAUAUUGAUGUACAUUCCCCGGUAAAUAGCAACUCAGAUCAGGGGGCAAUAGAGGAAGAUAUCGACCAGUUGGUGGAUGGUGUUGUGGAUGUCGCAAAUAACGAAGGAUUUGAGCUGACGGUUGGUGGUGAUGUUGUCAACAAUGUUCAGUCAGGAACAAGAGUUCCACAGGCAUUCCAGUGGUCGUGUGGCAGUGGUAUGGUGUCUUCAAGUUCAGGAUGUGUACCAUGUCAACCAGGAACCUACUACGAUGAGAGGGACAAUGUCUGCAUCUUUUGUUCCAGUGGAACCUAUCAGGAUCAAACUAGACAGAUCUCCUGUAACACCUGUCCUGGAGAUUCUAUUACAGAUGCUACAGGAUCUGUGUUAGCUGACUGUUACGAUCCUUCAGGUUUCGAAUUGACAUCAACACAAUGGAUCCUUGUCUACAUCGGGUGUGGUCUAGCCGGGGCAUUCAUCCUUCUCCUACUCAUCACGAUCAUCAUCUGUUGUUGCCGUAGCAACAGUGAGACACCAAGAAAGGGCAAAGAUGCUACGGAUCACCUCACCUACCUCAACAGAGCGUUUGAAGACGAGCAUCCCAAUGAGAUGCAUUACACCAAUACACUGUCGCGAAACGGGUCGACCCUACCUAUGAAUGGCCAUCGGAACAAUGGUAACAUCCCCAAUGAUAAUAGAUUGAUCGAGAUUCCAAGCGAUCCAGCCGUCCUGUAUGCAGAAGUACCUGUAACAUCAUUCAAUGCUAAAGGAUACAAUGACUUCAACAGCAGGUCAUCAAUGAAUGGGCACGCUAAUGGACAUAUUGAUACCGUGUCAGCAAGUGUUGAUAUGGAUACCAUUCCCCGACCUCCAUCGCUAGGUGCCCCUCCUCCACCCCCUCCACCUCCUCCAAUGGAAGAGAAACCUACACGUAUCCCAACAGAAGAUGAACUUCCGCCCCCGCCACCAAACAAGCAUCAGUUCAGUGGUAUCUCUGGGGAUUCGUUUCCUGCAGCUCCCCCUCCCCAACCCCCACAGGUGCCCGGUGGCCCUCCACCGCCAAAGGUUCCUGGUAACCAUGCUCCAUCCCCCAAACUUUCUGGAGGCCGCUCUCCACCACCUAAACUUCCGGGCAACUCUACGCUACCACCCAAGGUCCCAGGUGGAGUUCCUGCUCCCCCUCCUCCACCCCCCAUUCCGGGAGCUCCACCCCCUCCCCCUCUCCCGGGGAUGAAUAGCAACAACAACUCACACACCACCUCACCAUCUGGUAGCAUGACAAGUUUACAGAGCGAUAGGAGGGGCAGGUUCUUGCUCUGAGUUGGUAUGGCCCGAGGAAAAUAAAAAAGAAAUGACUUUGAAAUGCAGUGCAUGAUGAAUUACUCCAAGCUUUCAUUUGUUCAGUCUUGCAAGGAAAGAUAACCAAAGUUACAAAGUGAUUCAUCCGAAUUGAAUACUUUAUCCUAUUCUGCUGUAUUUUCAGGGAGAAACAGCAGUAGCUAGUAUUAUUAGAGAUUAAAACCGCUGUCCUGAAUGUUCAAAUGAAUACCUCAUAGUGUGCUCUUAUGUUUUUUUUUAAGUUUAUUUUUUUAAUGCUAGCAAUUGUGAAAUACACAAAGAUGGAAGAAAUGCCUGAAUGCCAUUAUGUUAUUAAGUGCUAUUACACACAUUCUUGUCUUUUGUACAUCCUAUCUAAGUUUAUGUGUUACUCCCCCCCCCUUUUU